CCGAGCACAGGUGUAUGUUCCGCUCUCGUUUUUAGUCCAACACCAAAAGUUUUCAGUCCAACUGUGGCAAUGCACAAGUACAGCCUCUUCAUCUUAGCAAUUGCUAGCAAUGUCUUUAUACGCUUUCCGGGAGCCGAUGCUGCCUUUUGGAAUGUGACAAUUUACGAAGAUCCCUCCUUUCGUAAAAAACUCGAAGACUUACACGGAGACAGUUGCAAAAAUGUAAAAGCAAAUCAUCAUGACAAAGCCUCCUCCAUCAACACCCAUGACACUUGCGUCAAAAUUUGGAAAGAGCUCGAUUGCACCGGUGACAAGCAGGAGGUGAAACCUGGCAGUCCAUUCCACUGGAAACUCAGUGAACUCGGUUUUGACAACGUGUUGUCUUCCAUUGGACCUUGCUGAAAACAAAGAGAGAAAUUGGCGUGGACUCUUCUUUUUUAUAUUUGGAACUUUUUACAUUUGCUCACAGGAAUUGGCAUUUGGAAUAAAAAGUUCCAGUGUUCGAAACUCACAGGCGCCAACGCGCCAAAUGCGCCUAAAAAAUGAAGGCUCUGCGCCAACGUGGCCCCUAAAAAUUUCCCCCUAAAAAUCUGGAUUUUCACAGGAAGUCACACAAAGAAAGAAAAAACAAAUCUAUUUGAAUUGAAAAAACUCAGAAUUUCCAGCACUACAAGUAAUGGCUUGCUUUUUCUAUUCUUCACGAUUUCAUUCUUAGUGCUUUUGUCUUCCCCAUGUUAUAGCUGAUUACUAGUACUGUUACGAAAACAUUUUGCAUCUGACUUUUCACUAAAUGCGCCAUUAUAUCGUCGCCUUCCAGGCAUAAGGACAUAACUACAAUCAGCAAUGAGCCCUGUCGUCCAUAUAAUUCAAUGCUUUUCCGGGCUCAUCCCAAUGAGCAGUUACGCCCUUAUGUCGGCCAAGCGACGAUAUAUGGGCAAAAAGUCAAUUUGGCCCUAAAAAAUCUUCAAUGGCACCUAAAAAUCGGGCUUGAUGUGCCACAUGGCUCCUAAAACUCAAAGGUGAGUUUCGAACACUGCUGAUAACAGUCCUUAUGUACGUAGCUUUGCAGGAUUUUCAUUUUUAUUAUCAUGGGGGGGAGGGGGGUUAACAGUUUAACAGCCAUUUUCUUGGAUAAUUCAUUCUUCUGCUUAUGUUUGUUCACACGAUAGGUACCUACUUUUUGUCACAUGUUCAUUACGUUUAGUCUGUAGGAACGAUUUUUGCUAUUAUAAGGAGAUUUAUUUGAAAGAUUUCCCCUUAGUUUCAAAGAUAACAAGAAAUACCUAAAUGCAAACAGUUUUUGGAAGA